CGUCGUUCAUCUCUCUCUCUCUCUCUCUCUCUUUCUGGUUGCAUUUUGCUCCAUAGUGAAUCUCGCACUGUUAUUAUUUUCGGUCUCUGUCAGACCCUUCAUUUCCGUUUUCUUCCAAUGGCGCUAAUACUGUGGCGAAUGUAGUAAGAAAGGAGCAAAAAGUGGCCCAAAAUAAGAACGGGAUCCACGUUCGAGUUGAUGAGAAAAGGCUAAACGAAAGAAGGUGGCAAAUUUUUUAUUCUCAGAGGACGUCUACAGUCAUCACUCAACUAACAGCUAUGGAUCCUCAACUGAAUGAGGACAAUGGAUCACCCUCAAUUUCUAAGGCAGAGGACAAUUUAUCCAAUAGUGAUGGACCCUUGCUCAAAAAACGAGAGAUUUCAAGGGACCCUAGUUCUACUAGGGAUAAUGUGCGAUCAUCAAUGGGGGCUGUAUUCUCAUCGUCCCUGAUUCGUCGUGAGCACUGGCGAGAAAAUUCGUGUGAUGUUGUGAAAAAAUAUUCAGGAAAUGAAGAGAAGCAAACAAAUAAUUGCUUGUGGAUGAUGACGUUCAUUUUGGGCAUCAUUGGACUCUGCAAUCUGCUUUUAAGCGCAACAAUCAUUAUCGUGCUUCGAGUGAGUCAAGGAAUGGAGGCACUGGAAGUCAUCCCAGACGAAAACCUUGUCAAAUUUUAUGGAAACACUGAUCUGGAUAGAGUAUGUCUGGAACGUGGAAUCUGCGAGGGCUACGGCGACGAGCCAGUCGAACUUGUGGGUGACGACGGCGGAGUCAGCAUUGAGGUGACAAGUCGAAUCCGUGGCGAGCCUCGCUCGAGUGUCCAUGUGUUUCCAAACGUGACCUCAGUUUCGCGAGUCGACUCUUUCGAAAUCAAAGACCCCCGAACAGGCAACAGCUACUUCUCGACCAACUUCCCCAACUUCGGCCUCCCCGACGGAGUCGUCAGAAUAGACGUGAACGCGGCAGAAACACGACGGGUCGCGGCUCCGAUCAACGAGAGCCUCACUCUGGAAUCGAAGCAAAAGAUUGUGCUCAGCGGCGCAGAGGGCGCGACCAUCGAGAGCAGGAGCAUCGUCUGGACAGCCAACAACGACAUCUUCUUCGGGAGCACAAACGGUGACAUCGUCAUCGACACCAAACAAGGCCUGUUUAUUGACGCCAAUAAAAUCCCGAUCGUUCCCACCUAUCUGCCGAAUCGAGCCGACGUCAACGGCCAGUACAAGGUUUGCGUCUGCAUGCCGCAGGGCAAGCUCUUCCGCGUUCCGAUCAAGGCCGGAGGCAGUGCGAGAGUCAACUGCGCCCGGGUCUCAAGCAGCCCCGCAGCGGAUCCCUGCCAGUCAACGGAAAUCUAGUCUUUUUAUACUUUUUUAAAUUAUUUAUUUCUUAGAUAGAUAGAUAGAUCAUCUUAGCUGUCGAAGAAAUCACGCAAGUGUAUAAAACGAAAAAAGUCACUAGAGUAGAAUGACAACGUGACAACAUAUCAAUUGCGUUACGGCGGUUACUGUACUUAAAUUGUCAAUAAAGUAGUUCAAUUUGUAAUAAAGAUUCACGACACACAAUUCUUUUUCUUUUUCUUUUU